AUGGACAGCGGUACACAUGGUUAUCCAUCCCCUCAAGGUUUUAGUCAUGCUGUAAGAAAGGAAGAAACCAAGAAUAACUGGUUCCAUUAUUCUUGGGUGAUCGAGGACUGGCGGCGGCAGCAGCGGGUGCGCUGGGAGAAGGCGCAGGCCGACAAGGAGCGGCGCGCGUGGCUGCAGGCCGAGGCCCAGGAGCGCCUGGGCUACCACGUGGACCCCAGGAGCGCCCGCUUCCAGGAGCUGCUGCAGGACCUCGAGAAACAGCAACGCAAGCGCCUCAAGGAGGAGAAGCAAAGACAGAAGAAGGAGGCGCGGGCGGCCGCCUUGGCCGCGGCGGCGCCCCGGGCCGCGGAUCCGGGCCCCUCUUCCCCAAUAAAGCUUGCUACCCGGCAGCCCCCUGAAACCCCCUUGCAAAAUGCCCAGGGGAAGCAGAAGGGUUAUUUCUUGGGGGGGGUUUCUGUGGGGCAAAAGGUUAACCCCCCUGCCUAA